GUCACGGGCGGCGCCAUCCACGAGCUGGGAGUCUGCGACUCGAGCUGCUGGUGGGACCGUGUCUGUCUGUCGACUUAGCCUACUGGGCGACCUUGGGCACAGGAACCUCUCCACCGCCAACUCUGACGGGAGAGGCUCUGGUGAUCGAGGGCUGCUGAAGAAAGUAGAGAGGAGUGAGCGACGCCUGAAGGAGACGUCAGCAGAGCGCACCGGAAGCAGUCCGAGAAUGAAGGGUGUGAUCUACCAUGCCUUUUCUCAGAAAGAGGCGAAAGAGUUGGAUGUUCAGCACCCAGGAAGCCAGCGGGCCGAGGCCUUCGUGAGGGCCUUCCUGAAGCGGAGCAUGCCCCGCAUGAGCCAGCAAGCCCGGGAGGACCACCUGCAACGCAAGGCUGUUGUUCUGGAGUACUUCACUCAUCGGAAGCGGAAGGAAAAGAGAAAGAAAUCCAAAGGCCUCUCUGCUAAGCAGCGGAGGGAGCUGCGGCUCUUUGACAUUAAGCCAGAGCAGCAGAGGUACAGUCUUUUUCUCCCUCUGCAUGAACUCUGGAAACAGUACAUCCGGGAUCUGUGCAAUGGUCUCAAACCAGACACGCAGCCACAGAUGAUUCAGGCCAAGCUCUUGAAGGCAGAUCUUCAUGGCGCUAUUGUUUCAGUCACAAAAUCCAAAUGCCCCUCUUACGUGGGCGUUACAGGAAUCCUUCUACAGGAAACAAAGCACGUUUUCAAAAUUAUCACUAAAGAAGACCGCCUGAAAGUUAUCCCCAAGCUAAACUGUGUGUUCACUGUGGAGGUCGAUGGCUUUGUGUCCUACAUUUAUGGGAGCAAAUUCCAGCUGCGGUCAAGCGAGCGAUCUGCAAAGAAGUUCAAAGCAAAGGGAACGAUUGACCUGUGAGCUCCUGCUGCCUAAAGGGAUCGUUUAUGACAGCUGAGAAUUGGAACACCCUGAACGAAUGCCCACUGUUCAAGAAAGAGAUGAUCAGGCCAAUUCUGGUUACAGACCACCUCCAGCCAGUUUAAAUCAGAAUUAAGGACAGUUUACCAUCUGGGAAGAAUACACUGUACUGGGCACAGUGGUCGGGGGGCCAGGGGUCUGUCUUUAUAGGUGCCCUUGUUUUUGCGUCUCUCCCAUGGAGAGAAAAGUUUGGCGGAAAACUUCAGGAUUAACACAUUGACUUGAAUACUGGGAUUAACUGAGUUUUUAUUAAAUAGUGGGAUUAUUUGGGUUUUUUUUUUCUUUUUCCGUGUUUUUGGAAUGUUCUAUGUUGAAUCCGUUGUUUAUGUAAUAGUAAAAUAUGCAUGUGGGCAUGAACAGGCUACAGAAAGAUUCCUGCAGCACAGCCAGGAUGGAAGGGGAGGCCCGAGGCUGCGCCUGGGUCUGCCUUUACUUCCGCUCUGUGGAAGCUGCCAGCAGGCACCGUGUCUUACGAGUCAGGGGUACCCUUCAUCUUUGACACGUCACUUGAAGUCAUGGCUGCCAUCAAACUCUUUGACCUGAGGUUUACUUUGCUCUUUCAAGAAAGUUAAAGAGGAAUGAGUGGUGAAGUCGCCAAGUAACAUAGGGCCCAUUCGGGGUUUAGAAAACUGGGGCAGGCCACAGCGGCAGAAUGCUGGGCCCAGGGGUGCUUAUUAAUGGUUGCUCCAGUGUAAGGCACUUCAAACUACAGAGUGUGCUCAUUCCUGAGUGCGUUAGGCUCCAGGGGAAGGUAGGCUGAAGGCAAAAUGAGACUGCAGCUCUUCCCAAGGUCUAACGUUCUAGGAAAGCCUCAGUCCCCAGCAGUGGCACCUUUGUUCCAUUUUUGCUGCCAGAAGGCUUGGCUCUGCAGUCUGCCCCCAGCCCUGUGUGGCAGUGUGUCUGUGGGCCAGUAGAUGGGGCCCUUCUCUGCAGGGCCUGAGUGCCAACUGGACGGGUGAUUCCGGGGCAGGGACCAGCCUUCCGAGGUCUGCUAUUGGGAGAACCACAUGGCUCAGAAGGUCGUGUCGCCCCUUGCUUUUGACAAGCAAGUGUUUGCUGACCAACAAGGUGAGGCCAGAAGCAUUCCUGGUGACAAAAUGGCAGCAAAUCACGUGCUUUUUAUUCCACAACAAGAAAAGCAGCGAUGACAGAGGCUUCGCUUUCUCCGCAUUUCACACUGGACGAGAAACUCCGUGGUGGAGAAGGGACGCGGAAACACUGACUUUGCAGCAGGAGCGCAAGAAGGCCCAGCUGUACCUCUACUCCCCCCCGAAGGCCAGGCGCGCCCAGAGUCUCCCACGGACCUGCCCGGCGGCUGCACCCCGCUUCCGUCCGCGCACGGUGUUCCUCGGCAGCAGGGUCCGAGUCUCCUUGGGUGCUCUCUCCAGUCUAGCCGUCGCUGCCAGUGGUUCAGAGCCGAGUCCCAGCACCACCUCAGGCAGGGCAGCCUGACCCAGCGACGGCCCCGGUGUGCAGCCACAAGGAGACUCGGGCUCACAGCGCUCCCUUGCCCGGGGCCUCACCACCUGCCAGAGGUAGAGCUGGGAUUGAAACCCUGCGUUGUAGCUCCAGCAUCACGCCUUUGACGAGGGCGUGACCGCAAGGAUGAGAAGAUACUGCCAAAGUCCGCAGCGUGGUCCCCUUCUUACCGGCGUUCCCACCGAGGAAAUCUCCGCCUCCCGUGUAGGACGGCUCCAGCUGUCUGAAGGUGCCACGUGGUACCAGCGUAGGUGCUGUAACGUCCUAAAGCCCACCGCUCUCACCCACCCCUCCGCGAUGGGAAGGGCAGCCAGUGUUGUGUAAACAUGCAGUUGUUUUCCAGAAAAGUUGUUGUAAUCACUUGCCGUGUGAAA